GCUUUUUCAUCAUCAACCACAAGCAUUAUCUAUUCAGCUAUCAAACAUCUCUUUCUUGUUUCCAAACUUCAAGAGAAAAAAACAAUGCUAAGUGCUAAGAAGCUCAUCAAGAUGGCUAGGAAAUGGCAGAAGUUUGCAGCCAUGCAGAGGAAGAGGAUUUCACUUCCAAGAAAUGGAAAUGAUGCAGACAGUUGGAGUACGUCGUCAUCAUUCAUAGCCGGAAAAGGAAAGUUUGUAGUUUAUACAACUGAUCAAAAGCGCUUUGUAAUUCCAUUGGCUUGUCUGGAAAAUGAGCUCAUUUUGCAACUCUUAAACCUGUCUGAAGAAGUGUUUGGUCUGCCAAGUGGCGGUCCUAUUGCAUUACCGUGUGAUUCGGCUUUCAUGGACUAUGUUGUUUCACUAAUCAAGAAAGGUACAGCUGUCGGAGAUCUUCACAAAGCAUUGCUCCUCUCAAUUACUAAUUCAAGUUGCUCUUCAACUUCUUCUUUGCACCAAGAAUGGGGGAACCAACAACUCCUUGUUUAUUAGUCAUGAUCAUUAUCCUUAGUGUAUGAUAGCUCAGAAUAGAUUGUAUAGCAUAUGAAAAGUACGCAAUUAAAGAUGUUUAUUUCUGAUGGAAUAGAGAUAUAUCUGAAAUUUCACCCGAUGCAAAUCUUUCAAUUUACAAUUUAGAGAUUCAGAACUUCUAGCA